AGUUUUCAUUUUAAGAUUAUUGGUUGAAAGUUGAAACUUCAAAGAUAACAGGAGACUUCCAUCUUUGCAAAACAAGACAAGAAUUGGUAAAUGACACGUAUCUAUCUAUGGGAAUAGUCCAAAAAAAACCACGUUUGAAAGUUGAAGUUGAAACCUGAAACAGUAGCCGCAACAAAAAAAGUAACAGAAAAACUGAGAUCUCUUUCUUCCUCUCUUCUCUUCCAUUGUGCAACAGAAAAAGAGAAAGCCGUUGACCCUAAGAUCUAGGAAGUGAGUGACUCACAAAAGCUUCAAUCUUUUGGUAAGUUUUCUCUCUUCCGUUUUUUGAGAUCUAUAAUUUUCUUAUUGCACAAAAUUUUGUAUUAUAGACACAGAAAAAUAUGAAUAGCGCUUAUUCUUCAAUACCCAAAAGAUCAUAUUUAGAAUUACAAUCCCACAAUGAUUCUCAAAAUCUUAGAUCUCCUCCCAUAACCCAUGUCAAUUUGGUCCCUUUUGAUGAUGAAGAAGUUGUUGGUAAUGGUUAUUUACAUUCCUCCAACGGUGUACAUAAUGAUGAUGAUUUUGAUGAAGAUCUUGGUCCUGAAUUUGAUAAUCAUCCUCUUAUUGAUACCGGGUCUAAAACUGGGUCUGGGAUUUCUGGGGCUGUCUUUAAUUUAACUACUACCAUUAUUGGGGCUGGGCUUAUGGCCUUACCGGCUGCAAUGAAGGUUCUUGGGUUGGUUUUGGGGAUUUUUGUUAUUAUCUUGAUGGGUCUGCUGUCGGAAUAUAGUGUCGAAUUGCUGGUGAAGUUUUCAGUUUUGGUUAAGGCCUCCUCGUAUGGUGAGGUUGUGCAACAUGCGUUGGGGAGACCGGCUAAAGUGCUAUCAGAGAUUUUUAUAAUUGUGAACAAUGCAGGUGUGUUGAUUGUGUAUUUGAUUAUUAUGGGGGAUGUGAUGUCGGGUUCGCUUAAUCAUAUUGGGGUUUUUGAUCAGUGGUUGGGGCAUGGGGUGUGGGAUCACAGGAAGCUGCUGAUCUUGGUUAUUGUGGUGUUGUUACUUGCACCACUUUGUGCAUUGGAGAGGAUUGAAUCAUUGAGCUUGACUUCAGCUGCUUCGGUGGCUCUUGCAGUUUUGUUUGUAGUGGUGGCUUGUGUUAUUGCAUUUAUUAAGCUUGUUGAAGGGAAAAUUGAGUCUCCAAGAAUUGGUCCAGACUUUGGGUCGAAAAAGGCUAUUCUGGAUUUACUUGUGGUGGUUCCCAUCAUGACGAAUGCUUAUGUUUGUCAUUUCAAUGUUCAGCCUAUAUAUAACGAGCUUGAGGGGCGUACUCCUCAGAAGAUGAAUUGGGUAGGUAGGAUCACAACUGUUAUUUGCAUUGUGGUCUAUGCUUUUACAUCCGUAUCAGGGUAUUUAUUAUUUGGGCAGGGUACAGAAUCUGAUGUGCUGACCAAUUUUGAUAAGAACCUUGGGAUUCGUUUCAGUUCAGAAUUGAACUAUAUUGUCCGGGUUGGAUACAUUUUUCAUUUGGUUCUUGUUUUCCCAGUGGUUCAUUUUUCGCUACGUCAAACAAUGGAUGCCUUGUUGUUUGAGGGGUCGGCUCCACUUUUAGAGAGUAGGAAGAGGUCUUUAGGGUUAACAGCAGUUUUGUUGGUACUUAUAUAUUUUGGGUCCACUAUGAUUCCCAAUAUUUGGACAGCUUUCAAGGUUACGGGGGCAACAACAGCGGUGUCAUUGGGUUUUAUAUUCCCAUCUCUUAUAGCAUUAAGGUUAGGUAAGCAAAGGGGUUGUUUGAGCUUUGGGGAAAAGUUCUUGUCCAGGUUGAUGUUAGUAUUUGCCAUAUUAGUUGGUGUUUUUGGAAUGAUCGGCAAUAUAUAUAGCAUCAAAAGCCAAUCUGAAUGAUCCUUUCAUAAUGAUUUGAGGGUUGGUUUUUCUGGGCAAAGGGGUUGUUUGAGCUUUGGGGAAAAGUUCUUGUCCAGGUUGAUGUUAGUACUUGCCAUAUUAGUUGGCGUUUUUGGAAUGAUCGGCAAUAUAUAUAGCAUCGAAAGCCAAUCCGAAUGAUCCUUUCGUAAUGAUUUGAGGGUUGGUUUUUCUGGGUAUUGAUUUGGAAAUUUUUUGCAGAUUAAUGGACAAAGAGUCUCUGUUUAAGGUUUAUUUCUUGCCCAAUUUGAAAAAUCUAAUGAAAUUGGGCGAUGAUGGAUCUUAAACACAAUGCUUCAGUAUGUGGUGAUUGAAAGAUCAGAGGAGUCCACUUAUGUUCAGAUAGAAUGUUCUUUUAUGCUUCAGAAGAACUGUGACAAGCUAAGCUGACUUGUCAGAAAUGUUUUAGAGGAGAGUACAUUGAUAUAUGCACCACAUGCAGGUUGUACUGUAUUUUCAAAUUGAUUUAUGUCAAAAUAUUCUUAGUCCCACAUUUAUUUUCUUAACAGGGGAUGCUGUUGUAAGUUGUAACUGUAUAAUUCAGAAAUAAUACUGCUGUUUAAAUGAAUACUUCACUUUUAUUA